ACUGUUUUCGGUGGAGAGGAAAGAAAAAUCUCCCUGAGAGGAGUAACAGAUUUCAGCUCUGUCAUCUCUCCCAUUACUGAGGCAGCAGGCAGUUUAACUCACAGCCUUUGCCAUUUCUGGGUUGAAAGCCUACUGGAACUGUAUCUGCAGGGGAGAAAUAUCUUUCUAUCGGGUGCUGUGCAAUGUCUUGCUUCGUCAAGAGGAAGUUGAUUCUUGUGGUGAGUUUGAUUCUCGUGGUCUCGCUGUUUGUGGCGGUUUUCCAUUACACACAAGACAACCCUUCACUUCUCCUCCAGCCGUACCUAGGCCAAGGUGGAAUUUUCAACAGAACGAGAGUUUUCACCCAUCCCAGCGAGAAUCAGCAGCUCCAUGACCUGCCUGGAUACAUCAGUGUGACAACACUACAGCCUCUCCGCCUGCACUGCGACCUGUGUAGCAUCGUAUCGAGCUCCGGCCAGAUGCUGGGUCAGCGAGCGGGUUCCGUGAUUGACCGUUCGGCCUGCGUUUGGCGAAUGAACAACGCACCCACAGCCGGAUUCGAGGCAGAUGUCGGAACCAGGACCAGCGUCAGGGUGGUAUCUCACACCAGCGUGCCCCUCCUCAGGCAGAAGCAACAGCAUUACUUCGGAGAGGCCAACGAGACCAUCUACGUGAUCUGGGGGCCCUAUCGGAACAUGCGAAGGGACGGGAAAGGGGCCACCUACAACGAACUGCGGCAGAUGGCAAGGAACUACCCCCAUGCCAAGAUCUAUGUGACCACCGAGGAGCGGAUGAACUACUGUGACAAGGUCUUCCAGCGGGAAACGGGAAAGGACAGGGCACAGUCAGGUACGUACCUGAGCACUGGCUGGUUCACACUCCUUCUUGCCAUGGAUGUCUGCCAUAAAAUCCAUAUCUUUGGGAUGAUUAAUGAUACCUACUGCAGUUUUCACAGAGCUGAAGGGCGCAAAAAAGUUCCUUAUCAUUACUACGAAGCUGGAAGUCGAGAUGAAUGCGCGGAGUAUGCCAUUCACGAAAAUGCCCUCUAUGGAGGUCAUCGGUUUAUUACUGAGAAAACUGUCUUUGCGAAGUGGGCCAAGAAUCACAACAUAAUCUUCUCACACCCAGCCAGCAUCUAUCCAGAAUCAGGCUCUUAGAGCCUGAGCAAAAACUGACCACACCAGCGGCACAGAGAGAACAAAAAGGUCUUUGUCGCUCCAUUAUAUUCACCGUGGAAUCAUUUCUCCUGUUGUCCGUGCAAGAACUGCAUAAGAUUUUGCACAUGCCUGAACAAACCCUUUACAGCUGUCAUGAAAAUAAAAGGAACGGAAAUCUGCAACCAUUUGAAGUAUUAAUAUUUCACUGCUGUGGUACUGUAUAUUAAAGAGAAGCACUUUAAGCAUUGUCAUCAGAGCAUCAGACAAGGUAAAUUACAUUCUGAGUUUAAAAUGUGAUACAGAUGAUCAAUAUGUUAGAGGACUGGGACAGACAUGAGCCUUUUAAGCUUGACACCUCAGCUCUGAGCCAGCUCAGGAAGAUGGAGGUUUCCUCGCUGUAAUGGUGCUAUGUGAAUCGAAUUACAAUGUAUUGGAAUAGAGUUCUACAGAGCACUUAAACUACACAUUGAAAAAGGAAGCGCUCUUUAAUUGAUCAUCAUAUCAGUGUGACAGGCCACAAGCUGGAUAUUCUGUGAUAUACCUCUGUAAUUCUCCAGAAGCCUGUCUCCCAUUAACAAAGUACAAGUCAGGAGUUUGAAGGAAUGUUCCCCACUUCUUGGAUAAGUGCAACUCCAACAACACUCAAGCUUGACAAAAUCCGAGACAAAGUAGCCUGUUUGAUUCAAGCCCUGCCCACCAACUUAAAUGUUCACUCUCUUCACCACCAAUGCUCAGUAUUUUCAUCUGCAAGGUACUUUGCAACAACUUGUCAAGACUUUUGUUUUGGUAGCCUCAUGUCCUGUAAUAUCUAGAAAGACAAUGACAGUGGAUGCAUUAGCCAUUGCUUACAAGUUCCUCUCCAACUCACACACCAUCCUGACUUGGAAAUGUAAUUGCUACUCACUGUCAAUGUAUCAAAGUUCUGCAACUCCCUUCCCAACAGCAUUGUGGCCCCACCGACCCCAGAAAAGCUGCAGUGGUUUUAGAAGGCAUCAUAUUAGUUUUCAGAUGGUGCAAGGUGAGGUGGCAAAUUGAAGGGACAGUGAAGCGUAAAGAGAAAUGGAUGGGGAAGUAGACAAUAUGUUGGCCAGGAAGAAUACCUUACAUUCUUAACCUGUUGCAUUAUAUACAGUUAUGGAUGCAAUAGAUUCAUAGAGGUCUAGCACACAUAAAAAGGCCCUUCAGUCCAUCGAGUUUGCAUCAGUCAACAACAACCACCUAACGUUUCAAAUCUCAUUUUCCAGCACUUUGGCCCAUUGCUUAUUUGCCCUGAUAUUUCAAGUGUUGUCAAAAGUCUAAUUAACUUUUCUAUGAGAAGGAAUGUUAAAAUGAAUCAUUCUGCUCGAAAUAAAUGGAUAUUCCUAAUGACCAGUGACGUUCCCAGCUAAUCGUAAGCCUUUGACUUAGACUUUCUUCUGACUUUACAUGAGCAGUAGUCAUCCCAUUUGUGGUCUGUACAUCAUACACCAGGAAUGUGCCCAUUUUCUAUACAAAGGAUACAGUAACCAAGGGGGCAAUGAUGGCAUCCCGGUUUGAUCUAAAAUAGAGGUUCAUUGCACAUACUCCAAUGUACACCUCUGCAUACCAAUACAAUGCCCAAUAAAUGGGAAGACAUAGUCUAGUGGCAUUGUCAUGAGACUAAUAAGUUGGAAUCCUGUAUAAUGUCCUGGGAACCUGAGAUCCAAUCCUGUCAUUGUAGAUGGUGGACUUUGAAUUAGGCAAAAAUCUGGAAUUAAGAGUGUAAUAAACACCAUGAAACCAUUGCCAGCUGUUGGGUUUGGCAAAAUGCCCAUUUGGUUCACUGAUGCCCCUUUAGACUAGGGGGAGUUGCCAUCCUUACCUGGUCGAGCCUACAUGUGACUUCAGAUCCAUAGCAGGAUAAUUGACUCUUUACUGCCUUCUGCGUGGUUAGGGAUAGGUGAUAAAUACUGGCCUGACUAGCUGCACUCAUAUUCUGAAAAUGAAUUUUUUAAACUCUCUGUAUGGUUUAUGCUGUUUUCAUGCACAAAACGCAACUGAACAUCUUGUGAAGAGCAGAUGUGAUAGAACAUGCUUAAUCUUACUGUACAAAGUGACUGAGGAUCAUAUAAAUAGGAGCGGACCAUUCAGUCUGUCAGUAAAUCCUCUGCUAUUGCAUUUGAUUGUGGCUGAUCAAACGCUUCAAAGUCUUUUAACUGCACCAUUCAAAAUAGCCAUGUAUAUCAUCGAUAAUCAAACAUUUAUCACCAUCUAUUUUAAAGACUGAGCUUCCAUAACGCUCUGGGGCUGACUUUCAACAGGUUCAUCACUCUCUGAGUAAAAAAAAUUGUCCUCAUCUCAGCCCUUAAUGGAAUAUCCUUAUUUUAUAAUCCCUUGGUUUCUAGAUUCCCUGACCAGGGGACGCCAUAUACCUAUUUCUGCCCUGUCCAUCCUUUUAAGCUUGUAAAUUUCAGUGAGAUUACUUCUUAUUAUUGGAAUUUCUAGAGAGAGUACAGACCCAGUGUGCCCAAUCUCUCUUUAUAAAACAGUCUUGCCAUCCCAGGAACAAGUCUGGUGAUCCUUAGGGGCAGUAUAGUGGCUUCAUGGUUAGCACUGCUGCCCUACAGCACCAGGACUGGGUUCGACUCCAGCCUCAGGCAACUGUCUGUUUACAGUUUUCACAUUCUCUCCUGUGCCUGUGUCUGUCUCCAGCUUCCACCAACAGUCCAAAGAUGUGCAGGUUAGAUAGACUGGCCAUGGGAAAUGCAGCAUUACGUAUUAGGGGUGGAUCUGAGUGUACUGCGCUUUGGAGGGUUCGUGUGCAUUCAAUGGGCUGAAUGGCAUGCUUCCACAAUGUAGAGAUUCUACGAUUUAUUGACAAUAGUCUCUUUCCUGAGAUAAAGAGACCAAAACUGCAUAUAAACUUUAGGUGUGGUCUAGCUAAGGCCCUGAAUAAUUGAAACAAGGCUUCACCACUCCUGUGCUUUGUGAAACAGUACAAAAUAAAGAACACCUAUUCCAUCAGAUUGUUUCACUGACAUUAAUAAAAUAAUUUUAACACUUCUCUCCAGGAUUAGGGGUGCACACUGGCUCAGCACUGCUGCCUCUCAGCAUCAGGGACCUGGGUUUGAUUUCAGCCUCGGGCAACUGUCUGUGUGGAGUUUGCACUUUCUUCCCCCAUGUCUAUGUGGGUCCCCUCUAGGUGCUCCGGUUUCCUCCCACAGUCCAAAGAUGUGCAGGCUAGGUGGAUUGGCCAUGCUAAAUUGCCCAUAGUGUUCAGGGAUGUUUAGGUUAGAUAGGUUAGUCAUGGGGAAAUACAGGGAUAGGGGAAUGAGCCAGGGUGGGAUGCUCUUCAGAGGGUUAGUAUGGACUUGUUGGUCUGAAUGGCCUGUUUCCACACUUUAGGGAUUCUAUGAUUUCUUACCCCCAGUCCUGCUUCAAGGUGUAGAGGCUUGGGUGGAGAAGAUGCUGUAAAAGAGGCCAUGGUAAGUUGUUAGAGUGCAUCAUGUAGAUGGCACACGCUCCUACCAUGUUGUGCUGGUGACAAUGUGAGUGGUUUCAGUGGAAGGUGCAUUCAAGUGGGCCACUUUGUCCUGGACUGCACUGACCUUCUAAUGUGGCAGAAGCCACACAAAACCAGCCCAGUGGAGAAUAUUUCAUCGUACGCCUGAACUGUGUCUUAAAGAAGGCACAGGAUUUAUAUCCUUUGACCUGCUCUUGUAGCUAUGAGACUUAUGUGCCUAGCCCAGUUAACUUUCUGAUCAAUAACCCCAGAGGGUUAGUGGUGGGGAUUCAGUGAUGGUAGUGGUGUUGAAUGUCAAGGACAGAUGGUUAGAUUUGCCUUUUGUUGGAGAAGGUCAUGUGUGGUGCAAAAAUACAUCACCAUUUAUCAGCCCCAAGUCUGCAACACUGUCUAGGUCUUGUUGCACAUGUUGCACAGAUUGUUUCUGCCGCUGAAGAAUUGCAAGUUGUGUUGAACAUUGUGCAUUUAUCAGAGAAAUUCCAGACUAUGAUGAGAGGGAAGUUGAAACCACUGAAGACGUUUGGGCCACACCAUCAACCUAAGGCACUGUUGCAGAGUUUUGACUCUGCUAAAACCCGGCAUAUCUUCUGAUGUGCUGAACACUUCUCCUGUUAGUGUGAUUGGUAUGUCUGUGGCACUGUUCAAAUCUCCCAUUCAGUGUGGUAUUCUGAAGAGAAUUCAAAUAAAACUAAAAUGUUGAUGACAAAGUGUGGAUUCUCCAGCAUCUACAGUUCCCGUUAUCACUAAAAUGUUGAUGAUGUGUCUUUUACAGGAAAAUAGGAUAGAAAAUCGAGAUGAAAAUGCUUGCAGUAUUCAAUCUUUUAGUCUUUUUUAUUCCUGCAAGGAACAUGGUAAAUGGGUGUCAUUGGCUGGCCCCACAUUUAUUACCCAUCCCUAAUUGCCCUUGAGAGGUUGGAGGUGAGCUGCUGUCUUGAACCGCUGCAUUCUACCUGCUGUGGGUUGACCCACAAUGCUAUUAGGGAGGGAGUUCCAGGAUUUUGACCCAGCAACGGUGAAGGAACGGCGAUAUAUUUCCGAGUCAGGAUGGUGAAUGGCUUGGACGGGUGCUUGAAGGUUGUGGUGUUUCAAUGUAUCUGCUGUUCUUGUCCUUCUAGAUGGUGGUUGUCGUGGGUUUGGAAGAUGCGAAUCGCUGUAGCACGUCUUGUAGGUUGUGCACCAUCUUGCUGCUGAGUGUCAGUGGUGGAGGGAAUGGAUGGUUACAGAUGUGGUCCCAAUCAAGUGGGCUACUUUGUCCUGGAUAGUGUCAGUCAUCUUCAAUGUUGUUGGAGCUGCACCUAUUCAGGCAAGUGGGGAGUAUUCCAUCACACUCCUGACUUGUGCCUUGUAGAGAGGCUUUAGGGAGUCAGGAAGUGAGUUCAUAGCUGCUAUAUUCCUAGCCUCUGACCUGUUCUUGUAGCUACUGUAUUUAUGUGGUGAGUCCAGUUGAGUUUCUGGUCAAUGACAACCCAUUGGAUGUUGAUUGUGGUGGGGGGUUUAGAUCCCUAGAUAAUUGAGGGUCUUUCAGAUUAGUUUGUUAUAUUAAAGUAUCUAUUCAUUAAUCAACUCCUACACAUAACUGUGGUCCUCCAUCCUACAUGCAUUGAGUCAAAAUCCCUAAACUGCCUUCCUAAACUCUCUCUAUCUAUACAAGGAAAGCCAUUUAGGACUGAAAUGAGGAGAAAUUUCUUUACUGAGAGAGUGAUGAGCCUGUGGAAUUCUCUGUUACAGGAAGUGGGUGAGGCUAAAACACUGAAUGUUUUCAAUGAGUUAGAUCCAAUUUUUAUGGCUAAAGGGAUCAAAGCCAGUGAGGAGAAAGCAGGAACGGGGUACAGAGUUGGAUGGCGAUCAUACUGAAUGGUGGAGAAGGUUUGAAGAACUAAAUGGCCUCUUUCUGCUCCUAUUUUCUGUGCUUGUAUGUUUCACCCCCUAUAUCCCAUCUCCCCACACCCAAGUGCACACCCAAACUAAAUGUUUUGCCACCUUUAUGAAGCUGGGUCGGCAGCAGCUUUUCUGAUGUAACUGGAGAUACGCAAGAAAUGCUGACCUUGCCAGCAGCACCUGUGAAUUUCCAAAAUCUGUGUCACAUUGGCUGUACACAAUCCUCUUAUCAAUCAGCUCUUCAAAAGCCCCUCAAAAGGUGACAGUUUCUAUUUCCAGAAAAGCCUUGCUGUCUGAAAUAGUUUGAGCAGUGUGGACUGAGCAUCUGAAAAAUGCUUGAAAACAGAUAAAUCAAGCCCCUCAGUAAAUGGGGGAUCCUGGUUAUUUGCCUGGAUCUACAAUGAAGUGUGGAGAAACAGCGCUUGAUGUGAACUAUGAUUGCUAAUUGCUGAUGUAAAAUACAGUGCGUUCUUUGUUUAUCUGGGUGACCUUUGAGAUAGGAUGUCUUUUUCUUUAGAAGCAAUUUGUUUUUCGUAUUGGCAUUUUACAAAUAUCUGCUAAACAGCCUGGAACCUAAAUAAUGUGUGCAAUACAUGAAAUAUGUCUUAUGUUAUGUUGAGGAGGAAUGAAAAUGCAUAAUCUGGUAUGUCAAAGUACUCUCCACACAGAAACCAUUUCACUUUCUCUUCUGAGUCAGCAAGUUGCCUGUCAUCAGUGUAAAAUUCUGGGCGAUCCUUAUACAGCCAGUGUAGUACAGAGGGAGUGCUGUCCUGUCACAGGUCCUGAGUUUGAGAUGGCCUGUUAAAUAAACACCCACUCUGUUCUCUCAGGUUGAUGCAAAGAUUCCUUGGCUCUGUUCAAAGAAAGCAGAGAAAUUUUGAAUUGACAAUUUGCUCUCACCCAGCACCACAAGAACAAAUGACCCGCUCAGUAGGUACGUUUGCCAGUCAUAACAGAGUUCUCAUGAGAGAAAAAAGAACAGAAGUUGCUGGAAAAGCUCAGCGGCGUCUGUGAAGGUAAAAAGUCGGAGUUAACAUUUCAGGCCUGGCUCUGAGGACCCAAAACGUUAACUCUGACUUUUUCCUUCACAGAUACUGCCAGACCUGCUGAGCUUUUCCAGCAACUUCUGUUUUUGUUCCUGAUUGACAGCAUCCAUGCAGUUAUUUCAGUUCUCAUGAGAGAAGACCAGGGGUGGUUUAACCUGAGAAUCUCUACACCUCAGGUGAGGAGGGAGGGUGAGAAGGAGAUGAUAACCUCAGCCAGAAGUAGGAGUUAAACCCAUGCUGAGAGGAGGGGAUGUCCUAGUGGUAUUAUCACUGGACUGUUAAUCCAAUAGGCCCAGGUAAUUCUCUAGGGACCUGAGUUUGAAUCUCACCAUGGUGAAUGGUGAAAUUUGAAUUCAGUUAAACAAAGUCUGGAAUUAAGAAUCUAAUUGUGAUUUUGAAUCCAUUGCCAAUUGUUGGGAAAACUCAUCUGGUUCACUAAUGUACUUUUGGGAAGGAAACUGCCAUCCUCACCUGGUCAGGCCGACACGUGGCUCCAGACCCACAGCAAUGUUGCUGACUCUUAAGUGCCCUCUGGUCAAUUAGGGAUGGGCAAUAAAUGCUGACUGGCCAGCGAUGCCCUCAUACCGUUAAUGAAUAAAGGCUCAUUCAGCAUCACAAGCCAAGUGAGCUAACCAACCUCCUUAAUGUCAAAGUUGCCUUGGUGCCAGAGGACCAUAGGGCUGCUCUCUCAUUAGAGAAAGAGAUGUCAUUGCUGGAUGUAGGGGUUUGCUGUAUGCAAAGUGGCUGCCACAUUUCCUAUAAAAUGUGAACAAAGAUUACCAAUCACGCAAGUCGCUCUUUUGUCAUAUCGGACUUGGAAUUGUUACAUCUCCACAGACGCUGCUGAGCUUCCCAGCACUUUCUGAUUUUAUUAACUCUUUGUUUUCUUAUCUGAUUGAUAAACACAAUGUCGUUCUCCACAGCGUGUGAGAUUAGAGUGUGAGUUUUAGCAGGCGAUUCCUGUAACCCCCAAAGGGACAGGAAUCCAGGACAAAGGGGCAAUAAGACGUUAAGAGUUUGAGCUUAAAGGCAAAUCUAGGGAACCAUUGCAUGCAGACAUUUGGCAGGAUUUGGAAGGAAGUUCCUCAAGUAGCAUUUAGGUGCAAAGUCAACAGAGCCAUCUAAAAAGUUAACAAGGGGCGGUGAGAUUUUCAGAAUAUAAGAACAAUUAGCAGGAGUAGGCCCUGAAGCCUGCUCCACCAUUUGAUAUGGUCAUGCUGAUCUCAUCUUGGCCUCAACUCCAUUUUCCUGCCUGAUCUCCAUAACGCUUUAUGCCAUAUCUAAUUAAAAAUCUGUCCAUCUCCUUAAAUUUACUCAAUGUCACAGCAUCCUCCAGACUCUGGGGUAGUGAAUGCCAAAGAUUCACAACCAUUUGAGAGAAAUUAUUCUUUCUCAUUUCUGUUCAUCAACCUCUAGGCCUAAAACUACAGCAUCUUAUCCUCUCUAUGUCUACUUUGUAAAUCACAUUGAGCACCUUUAUGCUUCAAUUAGAUCUGCUUCCAUCCUUCUAAGCUGCAGAGAGAAUACACCUAAACUGCUAAAUUUCUCUUUAAAAGACAAGUCCCUCAUCUCUGGAAUCAGUCGAGCGAAGAAUGGAGGAAGAGCAGAUUAAGAAGAUUGAGGCUUGCCACAAGUGGUGAAAUAGCCACGAUGGGCUGAAGGGCCUGUAAUUGCAAAUGCAGAAUGUGAGUUUUACCAGAGACACAUUCUCCUUGAAUGUCUGUGGUCUAAGCAAUGACCCUUGCAGGUACUUCCUGGCUAAUAUCCCUCCCCGACCUGCUAAAUCACAGGUCACCCGAUUGGGUCUGGCAGCAGCUGUGGAGGGAAAUUGGAGUUAAUGUUUCAGGUUGAGACACCCUUGCUCAGAACUCAACCUCAGAACUUUCUGAGGAAGGGUCACCCGACUCACAGCAUUAAUUCUGAUUUCUCUCCACUGAUGCUGCCAGGCCGGCUGCACUUUUCCAGCAAUUUCUGUUUUUAUCUCUGAUUUCCAUCGUCCGCAGUCCUUUCGGGUUUUUAUUAAGAAACACCUCAUGCUUAUUUGUGGGAUCUUACCAUGCACAGGGCAACUGCCAGAUUUGACUGUUUUGCAACAGUGACAGUAUUCCGAAUAAUCGUUUCCAGAAUGCACUGCAAAAACGCAAAGCUGGUAAGCACUUCGCAAAUUCUAGCAUGUCGUUAAUGUAAAUUUUAAUUGUUUGUAACUUCUUGAUAAAUUAUCCAGAUUACUCCACCUGGCAAUUCUCUGCAACCUUAAAUUGUUACAGCAAUUCUUUUCUAGAUUUGCCAAGUGAUAAGUGUUAGAUAUUAAAUUUAAUAAAGCAGCCUUCAAGAUGAUAUAUUAUUAAUUUUUUCUAAUUGAGCACUGUACAUCAUCUGAUUUUUCUGUCAUGUUUUGCUAAUCCUGUGUCACUUUCCCAUUCCACUGCUGUUUAACAAUUUUUCUCUUUGUGUGUGUUAAUCCCGGCAAUUUUUAUA